AUAUGUGAAACAUACACGGAAACCUUUAUUUGCUCUAGAAAAAGAUUAAAAAAAAAAAAAAAAAAAAAUAAAAAUAGAAUCACAUGACAACUGAAUAAAAAGGGCUGCAAUUGUCCAAUGUCUCUCAAUCGAGUCUAUUUUGUUGUUAUGAUUUCCAAUGAGAUAAAGAGUUUGUAGUUGCUUGUAAAAUCCCAUCAAAUUAUAACAAAGAAUCCCAAUUGUUAUUCUUUCGUUCAAUUCAUUGAAACGCAUUUUAAAAGUGUGUGCCAAAACAUAAUUAGAUCUGUACAAACAAAGAAUAUUAAUUGAGAACGGUGUACGUCAUAUAACAAAAGAAUAAAGCUUGAAACAAGUUUUUUUGAAUUGAAAAUGGAAUAGUGUUGUCUAAAACGUACUUCGACACAUCUUGCUGCUUGUAUAAGUUGUGCUCGAAUACAAAUCGAAUCCAUUCGAAUAGUAUAAAGUUGUGCGGAACAUUUUUCGCACUGUUUGUGAUAGAGCUCUCAAUCAACUUCAUUGUGGCACAUAGUGCGUUAUAUAAAGACUUUAAAAUUAUUUGUUUUUAUGCCAAAUUUUAUUUGAACACAAAAUAUUAAAGCAAAAGAGUAACAAAGAGACAAUUUUCUAACAAGAAAACUAAAUGAUACACAUAGUGGUUGCAUCGAAAUUACAAACUGACUUGUGAACCGUGAGAUCAAAACAGCUGAUCAAAAAUGUCAACCGAAGCUGAUUAUGCAGAUCUCCCAAUGGAGAUAAUACUACAAAUAAUGGACUAUUUAAAUCCCGGUGAUUUGCUGGAAGCGAGUUUAACAUGCAAGCGAUGGUUUAACGCAUCUUUACAUCCAAAAUUUAUGUCACGCAUUCAGAUUGUGUUUGAUAAACUGCAAGAUCCAUCAGCGUUGAAUGCAUUUGCCGCAAAAAUGCGUUACUACACGAAAAUCUAUCUGAACGAAGUUGAUCUUGAACAAACAAAUCUUAAUUUUUGGAAUUGUUUCGGUCAAUAUUUUACCGAUGUCAUUUUCAAUUCAUGCGAAUUGCGUGAAAAAACGUUCAACGCCAUUUUGAGGCAGCUAAAAAAUCUUGAAUCAUUGGAAAUAAACAAUUGUCGUGAGCUAUUCAUGUCAGGUCGUUUGUUUAAAGAUCUAAAUGAUCGUGAAGCAAUCUCGUGCGUCAAUGUGAAGCACAUCAGUCUCAAGCAUAAUCGUUAUUUAUCGGAUGCACUGUUCAGUCGAAUUAUGUCCACAAUGAAAAAUGUCGAAAGCUUCAAUUUGUCCGGUUGUCAUAUUUCAUUUCAUGGUGGUCUCUUUCGAAAAUUCUAUCCACCCAAUCAACAAGAAAUCGGUGCCAGUGAAAAUGUACUCACUUUUUAUUAUAUCAUCAAAUUUAUCGAAUCUCAUGCGAAACAUUUGAAAUGUCUCGAUUUAAGUGAAACACUAAUCGAUGGCAACGCCCUCACCACAUUGGCCCAAGUGAAUAAUUUAAAAUUGGAAAAAUUGAUUCUAAAAUCAUGCGAUCAGCUAACGAACAGCGGAAUAUCAUCAUUUGUUUGUUUUCAAAAUACAUUGAUGGUAUUGGAUUUAUCGCAUUCAGUAAGAUUGACCGAUCCUAGUGUGAUACAAAUAUGUAAAACCCUAACACAGUUAAAGACGCUAAAACUUCGCCGAUGUAGAGCACUUACGGACCAAAGUAUUAAAGAGAUACGACUGCUAAAGCAACUUGAAUGCCUGGACAUUUCUGAGUGUGAUGUAAUCACAUCGAAGGGAUUCAUUGAAGGCAUUGCCAAUGAACCAAAUGAUAGUAUGAUUGAGUUGCAUGUAAGUGCAUUAAAUAUUUGCCAAUCGGCUGUUAUCAAGGUGGCUGAGUGUCUGAAAAAUCUUCGUCUGCUGGAUUUGAGCUUCUGUAAAAAUGCGGUUACCAAUUUGGCGUUGCAGGUCAUCUUCAAACAUUUGCUCAAGCUGAGAAAUUUGAAUUUGGAAUUUUGCGAUAUGAUUAGCGACGCGGGUAUAUGUGGCAUGGAAAUGCAAUCACAAAUGAGAAUAUACGAACAAACAUCGAAUAGCAAACAAAACGUAAAAUCUGACUCCAGUCCAAAUACUUCUCAAGAAAUCGAUAAUAGUCACGAUGAAUUGGAUCAACCGAUUGAACGAAUAAAUCGUCAAUCAUUUCAUAUAUCAUUGCGAAGCCGGGCUGAAGAGGAAAUUGUAAAUGACGCAAAACGGAAAAGAAUUAUGCUUCACAUGUACGAGCAGCCAAUCAAUUGUACACAAUAUCAAAUGAAUUGUACACAAUAUUCAAUAGCACGUCUGAAGGGAUUACGUUCACUUAACGUCGCCUCAUGUAAUCGAAUCAGUGACGUUUCAUUGAAAUAUGCAUUCGAAUUCAGGGAAUUGGAAACGUUGAGUUUAUCAAAGUGCCAACAAAUCAGCGCAAUAGGCAUUGAAUAUGUGGUCAUCAAAUGUCCUUCGAUUAAAGUUUUGAAUCUGUCUGAUUGUCAUAAUUUGACUGAUCCGGCCAUUGAAAUGAUAUCCAAAAAACUAAGGCGCCUAACACACCUGCAUUUAGAACGCUGUAGCCAAUUGACCGAUUCGAGUUUGGAUUCAAUUGCAAUGCAUUGCAAACGAAUAAAAUUCCUGGAUGUGCGCGGUUGUCGUUCGAUAUGCUCCGAACCAAAUUUACGAUUGGAUAAUUUACGAUCGAUGCAACGGAUUUUGAUCAGCAAGCCAGGACCCUAUCAAAUGCAAAAACAACCAAAAGCACCACCAAUGCCGCCACCAUUUUGAUUCAAACGUUAUAUUAUUAUAGUUUUUUUUUAUUUUAUAUUAAUCAUCAUUGUUCUUGUUUAUUUAUUUUUAAUUAGAAUUUAAUUGAAAUUGCCGCACUUUUAAU